CGUCACACAGUUCAGAGAAUGACUCUGCUGCCAUCUCAGCAGAGGAACAACGGACUCUGUGACAAAGCUUCCCCGACGCUGCCCCGGGGACCAUACAUGUGGAGGCAGGGAAGGGAUGGAAGAAAGCUAUGAGACAUUGGAGGAGGAGUUAGGGACAUCAAGAGCAGAUCCUCCUCGACACAAGCCUGUUCGACAGAUCCACAGACCAGAAAUGUAUGCUGCAAGGAAAAUCAGAGAGGAAAUGGCUCCAGCUUCUCAACAACCAAGGGCAGAACCCAAGACUUUACUCAGAGAACCCAGCUUCCCUAGAACACCAUCCUUGCCAAAAACCUUGUCCGCCCAAAUCCCGGCCCAGAUAGAAACACCGUGGGAAAACGUCACUCUGAACCGAUGCCUGUUUGUGGCCAUCACCAUCCUCGUGCUCACCUCGGGCUUUCAGAGGCUUCAUGAAACUUUGCGUAGUCAGGGGAGUUUGCAAAGUCAGGAGGAAGAAGUUGUUGGACUGAAGGUGAGACGGUCAGAAACAUUACGUCACAGAGGACAACCAUCAGAGCCUCAGACAUCUCUGUGGGAAUUAAUGUUAUUGUGGCUGCCAGACCUUGAUGACGAAGAGGAUGAGGAGGAAGAAGAUGACGAUGUAGAAGUGAUAAGAGGGAGAGCAAAGAGAGGAGCAAUGGCACGAGCACCAAGAGGUUUCAGAAACAGGCCGCUACCAGACAGAAAGCUCACGAAGCAAAGAGAUGGGAAAUUAAAGGACAGGAGGGUCAGGAAAGCCAGGGGUGAAGAAACCAAAGACAAGAAAAAAAGAGAUAAGGAGGAGGAACUCGAGGAAGCAGCGAGGGAAGAAGAGGAAGAUCAAGGCGACGAUGAGGAGAUAGUACCAGAGAAUAAUAAAAGGUUGGAGGAAAGAGAGAGAAGAAAGAGACUCAAAAGGAAUCAUCUACAGUGAUUUGAUAACAUUUACUAAAGGUGAAACCCACAUUGAUGCAAGAUUUUCUAAUUUGAAUCUUUCAAAUUCAAUCUUUAAAGCUCAAAAGUCAUCUAUGCUUCCAGGACACAGAACGUUGUGCUCCAGCUUUUUGUUGCCAUGUUUGAUGGAGGAUUCUGUUUGAUGGCAAUUCGAUUCACCAGUGAAGUAUUUGUCACUCCAAAUACUCAUGUAAUUAAAAGAUUUCUCUUAUUGUUAAAAUAGAUACAACUUAUUUCAGUCCGUCAGCUGUUUAUCAAGGGUUCCAGCUCACUCAGCUGUUUGAAAUGUGAAGCCGGAAAUCUCAAAUUCUUACAGAAGAGGCAGAAUAUGGAACAUGGAUCACGUUUGUAUUUUAAUCCAACAUUUUGGAUCCCUUCUCUUUCAUCCGAGAGCUGCUUUGAAGAGAUAAAAGGUCUUUGUGAAUUUUCAGUUUUUUGUGAUCAGUAGAAAUUCUGAGACAAUACCAUCACUAGCUUAGUCUUUUCUUUUGUGUUUCUUAUGCUCUGACCCACUCUCCAAAUCGCUGAUACAUCAAUUAAUUUGUGUGUGAUGUCUUUGGAAAAUAAAGACAUAAAGGGAAA